AUGAAAGCUCCAAACGAGUCCCGUGGAAGCAGCGGCGGCGGCGCCGGCGGCAGUAGCGGAGAACAUGCAGGGAAGCAAGAGAGUCCAGUGGCAACCGUGAAAUCCACUAGAUUGAGAAAUGUGGUGGCAACUGAAAAAAAGACUCUGUGGAAGGGAGAGAAUAGCCAGAGACCUAAGUUCUCGCUUACCCUCACAAAGGAAGAGAUUGAGAGUGAUUUUUUUGGCUAUGACUGGAGUGAAACCACCUCGGAAGCCCAAGAAGAAGCCUAA